AUGGUUUCAAACAAUGCUGUUCCGAUGAAGUUAGAAAGUUCUGACAGAAGAUAUGUAGUUGUCAGAACGUCAGAUUCUCAUAUGCAAGAUACAGAAUAUUUUGACGACUUAGCAGAAACUUUGACAUCUGACUUUUACAACCACUUGUUCUCAUAUUUCAUGACAUUAGAUAUUUCUAAGUUCAAUCCAAGACAAAUUCCACAUACCGAAGAAAGACAAACAUUGUUAGAAGCAAACAAGAGUGUAUAUGAACUGUUCAUAGAUGAAACUGACUUUGAGUGUUUAGAUGAAAGGUCAUUGUACGAUUCGUAUAAACAAUAUUGUCAAGAAUAUGGUUAUAUGGCAGCGUCUAAACGAACAUUCUUGGCAAAUGUCAAAAGUCUUUUAGAUGUUCAGAACGGCGUAUAUACAAAGAAAAAUUUUUCUGAGUAA